AUGGGCUCAACCUGGCAUCAAGCGACAUUUCUAGAGAGAUUGGACUCUCACUCCUACAGCGUUGUUCUACACGAUGACUGGUGUAAUGGUCCAGUGCCUCAUGGGGGCUAUAUCGUGUCCUGCUUCAUGAGAGCCGUGACUGCCCACUUCGAGGACACACUGAAGCGCGACCAGCCACACACCAUGACCCUCCACGUCGAGUUCACCAGACGAGCUCAGAUUGGCCCUGCCAGAGUCGUUAUCAAGGAUGUCAAGCUCGGGAGGCGUCUGUCGGCUGUCAAUGUAUCCCUGGUUCAACAGGAAAAGGAGGUAAUUCUGGGCUAUAUCACCCGCGUGAACUUUGACAAUGAGCGAGGGAUAUCCAUCAAUACGGGAUGGGAGCUCUACCCGUUGCCUUAUGGCGUGGACCUCUCCAAACUCAGGGACGGACAGGAUGACAGAUGGGUUGAGCCCUAUCAAGGGCUAAUGUCGCAUCGUCAUGUGCGGACUUUUACUCCUAGCAGGGGCCAAUAUCUCACAGGAAUGGUGGACCAGUGGGUAUGCUGGAGAGAGGCCGACACUGAUACUGGAGCGCGCUUUACGAAUGAGACAUUGGGCUACGUGGCCGACGUGUUUUAUGUCGAGCCAAGCUUUACAAUUUUCUCUUUUGCAACUCUGAGUCUGAACCUGGAUAUAAGAAAGGCAUUACCAAGUGCGGGAUUGGAGUGGCUGUUUAUGAGAACGACAAUGAAGCAGCUGAAGAAUGGGAGGGUCGAUGCUGAGAUUAUUAUCAUGGAUUCGGUUGGCGAGCUGAUAGCCGUGAGCAAGCAUGCCACUCUGAUCCAGCUCAAUCAAGGUGGUCCGGAAGGUGGUGAAGCUGAGCAGAAGGCCAAAAUAUGA